AUGGGCCAACCACGAACUUCCAAAGCGAAGAGCAGUAAAGGUCGAAGAGGCUCAAAGAAAGAUGUUGUAGUGCCGUCCAAACCUCUUCCUGUGACACUCUUAUCUGGCUUCUUGGGCGCGGGCAAGACUACACUCCUACAGCAUAUCUUGCGAAGCAAUCAUGGCCUUCGCAUAGCCGUCAUUGUGAACGACAUUGGAGCAAUCAAUGUCGAUGCCUCUCUCAUCAAAAGCACACAUCGUCUUACCAAGACUGAAGAAAAAGUCAUCGCGCUCCAAAACGGGUGCAUCUGCUGUACACUGAGAGGAGACUUGUUGGAAGAGCUUGUGCGUUUGUCCCAGCUACAACAGUUCGACUACAUCAUCAUUGAGAGCAGUGGUAUUAGCGAACCGGAACAGGUUGCCGAGACUUUUGAUUCGCGCUUGGCGGAACAGAUGAGUCUGAUGACCGAGGGCGAGGGUACGGCUGGCUUAGAUGAGGACAUGGUCAAAGUAUUGAACCAGCUGAAGCAAGCUGGUGGACUUGAUAAGUUUGCUCGCUUGGAUACCACGGUGACAGUCAUUGAUGCCUUCACUAUGCUCAAUGACUUUGAUACGGCGGAUUUGUUAUCUGGUCGAAGAGACGAUGUUACUCCAGAAGAUGAGAGAACUGUAUCGGACCUCAUGGUUGACCAGAUUGAGUUUGCUGAUGUGAUUAUCUUGAACAAGAUCGAUAUGGUAAACGAUGAGGUCAAGGCCAAAAUCCUUGAUCUCGUUAAGCAGCUAAACCAUCGCGCCAAGAUCUUGGAGUCCAAGUAUGGCAAAGUGGAUGUCAAAGAGCUAGUCAACACUGGGCUCUUCAAACUUGAAGUUGCACAAUCAGGGUAUGGUUGGCUGCAGGAUCUGCAUGCCAUGACUGUUCGCGAGGUCAAUGGCAAGAAUGUUGUGACGCCUAAGCCUGAGACUGAAGAGUAUAAUGUUCAAAGCUUUAUUUAUACUCGAUACCGACCAUUUCACCCGAGAAAACUAUAUGCUCUGGUGUACGAUAAGUUUAUCCUGCAGAUGGAACACCCUGAUGAGGAGGAAGAUGACGAUGGCGAAGAGGAUGGUGAAGAACAAGAAGGAUCAGAUACCGAGGAUGCUGAGAUGGUAGACUACGAGGAUAUCACAAGCAUUGAGUCUUCCUCAGGAGACAUCACCGAGCAACUUUCUUCAUCAUCUCCCUCUCAUGCCCCUUCAACUCCUGCAACCGCUCCGUCUCUUCACGAUGACAGCAAAGACAGCAAUUCUAUGGAGCUCGACAUGGUUAUGCCCUCGAAUGAAGCUAUUCUAGCCAACAAGAGGGCUCAUCCAACACUGGCUCGGCUCUUCCGUUCCAAAGGCGAGUAUUUCCUCGCUACGAGACCACAUCGCGCGGGCGAAUGGUCUCAAGCCGGUGCCAUGCUCACUCUCACCGGCGGGCGAGCUUGGUUCUGCACCUUGCCCGCUGAGGAAUACACCACAGGAAGCGAGGAUGUCGAUGCCUUGGUCAAGCAUGACAUUGCCAAGGGGGGAGAGUGGGGAGACCGACGGCAGGAGAUUGUGUUUAUCGGAGAGGGCCUGGAUCAUGAUGGCUUGGAGCAGAUGCUUGAUGCGUGUCUGCUUACGGAUGAUGAGUAUGAGAGCUGGAAAGGGGUCAUGAGGAAAGACGGCAUAGAGGAGGAAGAAAGGAGAGAAAUGCUAGAGGAGCUGUUUGAGGAUGGGUUUCCGGAUUGGGCAGGGGAUGACGAGGAGGAGGGCCACGAGGGACAUGGCCACUGAUUGAUAAGACGGAAUCUGGUAAUUUGAGUUUGUGUGGAAUCAUUAAAAAUCAGGUAAACAAUAUGGGCAUGGAUCAUAUCGCAAGAUUGAUGAUGGAGACGUGGUUACAUCCAUCUGGGGAGACUUCUAGAAUGAUGGAGCUGAGGUCG